AUGGCCAGUGCAAAGCUAUUGAUGCUAGUAUUCACGAUGACAUACGCAUUUGUAUUUUACACACUAGCUAUAAGACCAUUAUUUCACGAUCCAGGUAUCGCCGAGGAUAUUCUAAUCACUCUGGCCUCGGUUGCCCUGUUCUCCAUUCUCCUAAUCCAUGCCAUUCUAGGGCUUGAGGAGAAGAAGGCAAAGCUUGUGUAA